AUGCGGCCUUCGCUGCCGCUACUUCCGCUGCUGCUGCUGUUUGCUGCGUGCACUACCUUUGCCCAGAUUGCAUGGACGCCAAUUUUUCUCGACGGCAGUAGUCAGGUGGAUCUGUGGACACAGUCGUCUUCAGGGUGCGCGUGUCCUGGCGAUGGCGGCGAUGACUGCGCCUGCUGUGUCCGCGACGGCGCCUGUCCCUGCGGUGGUGUUGCACCUACGCGCUGUGCGCAAUGUGGUCUUGAACAGUACUGCGCAAAUAUGUGUAACAUCACAAUCGACUCGAGGAUUCUCAAGAAUAAAUCUGGCAAGACUUUUGGUCAGAUUAAAUCGCCUUCUAUUGAGGGUCCUGGCGCCUGUUCUUACUUCCUACAGCCGGACGCAGGACAGAGAGUCGAGAUACAGCUGUACCGGCUCGUUUCUGUCGGGAAGUUCAAUGGGACAAGUUGUGUCGGCGGUUGGCUACAGUUGGGCAGUGCAAGCACAGUACCGGCAAACGGCGCAGCAGAAACAAGACUCUGCGGCGCCAAUGAGCGGUACAGUCCACCAGUGGUGCUGUUCGCCGACCAUGGUGCUUCUACAUUAGAAUUUAGGAUAACAGAAAAGACUGUGAGAUCACAAUUCCUUGCGUUCUUCAGUUUUACCUCGUUAAGUAAUACCCAAGGUGUUGGAUUUCACCCAAGGGGUGGCUCUCGUAUACCACAGACAGAUUGUGACUGGUUGUACCAAGAUGUAUCAUGCCGUGGCCCAGGAACGUGUGUUCUUGCCAGUCCUGGGUACCCUGGACUCUAUCCACCUCAUCGCCGAUGUAGAUAUCUCUUCACCACUAACUCAGUACACACCAGGGUCAAGAUUAUAUUCACAUCGAUAUUAUUGCCUAGAAACCAUUGUAACACGGAUUAUCUGACGCUACGGGCUGGUAGUUCGCCCUCUGCGUCGCUGUUAGGCACUCUAUGCACCGAGCGCACCGCUACGCUCGAACAUCCUGGGCCCAAUCUUCUUCUGGAAUUCAAUUCCGGGCCAUUAGUACCACCGUACGACUAUAACGGAUUUAUAGCCAAGCUCGAGUUUAUUGAGAGAAUUGAGAGCAGUGGUUCACCACCCACUGUGGUUCCUGCCUCGCCGCCAUUAGCAGCACUAACACAUCACAUGCAAUAUGUGGAUAGAAUGCCAGUAGAUAGUAACGGGAUAACAAAUGAAGUGUCCAGCGAGAACGGCGCAAGAGUAGGGUGCGGCUCUACUGUCCGGGGUUACGGCGCGGGAGGAGCGCGAUCAGGCCACUUCGAUACAAGAGCCUCAGCGUGGCGCGCCCAGUGCGUCAUACAUCUCCUGGGCGCACAUUCUGAUGUUGUCCAAGUCUCGCUAUUUAAUUAUAAUUUAAGAUUACAAAGUUGUCGAUCUCAUAUUGAGAUCUUAGAAGGCAUCCACGAGUUUGGAGGCAGAGGAGAGAGAGAUAGAUCUGAGCGCGGGGAUCGAGCUCUUCUCAAAGAAUGUGGACCAACCGUAAGGGAGGCCAGGGAUCCGUCUGGACGAUUCUUAAUACGUCAAGCUGUGAUGUCCAAAGGUGCUAACUUAACAAUCUUGGUUCGAAGAGCAAGUACUCAGAUAGCGGAUGAGGAAGAGUUUGUUGACGGUGCCUUCGCUUUCCAUGAUGAACAACACGAAGGCACAGCAUCACCAGACUCAACGUGUGCCUCAACGCACUAUGGGUUAGCGUCCCCUGCGCAUGGGGGCGUCUCCGCUCCUUCGCAUCAUCACAUAUUUUGGAACAUUGAAGAAAGACUUCUUUGUACGCAUCGUUUUAUACCUGCUGCUAAUCAAAGCGUCACUAUCGAGAUCCAACGCUUGGAGCGAAUGUUGAGUGCGGAACCGACGGGCACCGUUGUUGGAGCAGGGGGCUGUCGUACCGCCUGUGGCGAUGCUGGCUGUGAAUGUCGCUCUAACACACCAUUGUACUAUCAUGACCACAUAGCACUGGUCGCCGGCGACGGAACUCACCUCUCCUGCUUAUGUGGUGACUUUCAGGCGGCUUGGCUACCGGUAGUGGUGCGAAGUUGGACGAGUGUUCGUUUGGAGUACUCCGUGGCUCAUUACACGUACACCAGUCGUGGUUUUGAUUAUGCGGCCGCAUACAGUUUCAACGAUGAUGCUAUGUGCGGUCAACGUACAUACACGACCCAUUCUGGUGAAAUAUCAUCGAGAAACGUAUCGGUCACGGGCAGUUUGAAUGAGUUUUUCUAUCAACAAUGCACUUGGGUAUUAGACUCGAACGUCGAGCGCCAGCUGUUCAUUGACAUCACGUCUGAACAGGAUAAAUCAUGCGGCUCAUGGAACAUCACCCUGCACGAGUGGUCGGGCCCCGGAACAAACGAUGCGGGGCUUGCCGGAACGGCCGGCGAGCUGUUAUACACCUUCUGCGCACGACAUAAGAACCAUACUUACACUCUACCCUGGCGACUUAAUACUGUAGUUAUUCGGCUAGUUGCAUUAUCACGACAGCAGCCACUAUACACCAUUCGUUGGCGGUCCCAAGUGGUUCGAGCGAACAACCGUUUGGGUCCUCCGACCCCUGCACCUGCGGCAUCAGCAGCCGCUGACACCAUCACGAUGACGCACCGCCUGUUGUACUGUAUAGUGUGGUUAUCAGUGCUUGAACUUUAA